AGAAACCAGUAGAGCUUAGAGGCUGGUCAGAUGAAGACGGUGAAGUGAGGAGUUUCCUUCAAUGUCUGCCCUACAUAUCAGAGCUCAGACUGACUCAACCUCAGCGUGAGGCAAUGUCCUCUGACGAGUGGAAACACAAAUUAAAGUCCCUUCUUAUGGAUCUGAGUCUGCAAGCAGCUGCCUCCGAGAAGCAACUCACUACUGUCAGGACACUGCAUACACUUUGUGGUGUGCAGUUCAGUGAAUCUGACUUCCUCUUAGAUCUGCACUCUUAUGUGAGGGACCACAAGACUCAAAGAACCAGGAAUCUUCUCCCAGAAUUGCUGCCACUAUAUCAGACAGCUCAUGCAGUCUGGUCCAUAGACCUCUCAGAGAAAAAGGCCUCCCUUCUCCUGGAAGUGCUGAAACUACAGGCCCAGAAGAGACCAGUAGAGCUGAGAGGCUGGUCAGAUGAAGAGAGUGAGGUGAAGAGUUUCCUUCAGUGUCUGCCCUACAUCUCACAGCUCAGUGUCCGACAUGUCCUGAUUUCCACUCCACCUGUCUUCCUGCUGAAUCUCUUAGUAUCAGCAGCUGGACACUGUUCAGAUACUGGGCAGAAAUUCCCUGAAGUCUUAUUGUCCUGUUGCACUGACUCUUUGAUGCAUCUCUCAGAUGAUACAAAAUGCAAGUUUCUGUUGGACUUGUGUUCCUGCGUCAAAGACAAUGAGACUAAAACAGGAAGAAUACUCCUCCCCGCACUGCAACCAUUAUACCAGAAAGGUCCUGCAGUCUGGGCCAUAGAACUCUCAAAGCACAAGGCCUCCCUUCUCCUGGAAGUGCUGAAACUCCAGACCCAGAAGAGACCAGUAGAGCUGAGAGGCUGGUCAGAUGAAGAGAGUGAAGUGAGGAGUCUCCUUCAGUGUCUGCCCUACAUCUCACAGCUGAGCGUUUACCAAGGAAUGGAGAAGAAGGGAUACAAUGAUGUUCAAUUCUUGGUGAAUCUCGGAGUGGCAGCAGCUGAGAGUGACUCAACCUCAGGAUUUUCUGUAUCUCUGUUUUCUGCAUGCAGUCACAGCUCUUUCCCUUUCCUCAAUUAUUUUGAUGAAAACUUAUGUUAUGAGCAGAGCGACUUCCUGUUGGAUCUGUAUGCCCAUCUCCAGACCCAUGAACUGCAAUCAACCCGGCGACUUGUUUCAUCAUUUCUACCAAUUUACCAGUUAGCUCCUGCAGUCUGGUCCAUAGACCUCUCAGAGAGAAAGGCUUCCCUUCUCCUGGAAGUGCUGAAACUCCAGACCCAGAAGAGACCAGUAGAGCUGAUAGAAUGGUCAGAUGAAGAGAGUGCAGUGAGGAGUUUCGUUCAGUGUCUGCCCUACAUCUCACAGCUCAGAUUGAACUAUCAAAUUGAUCUAUAUUCCAGCAAGGCAUGCCAGUUCCUUGUGGAUCUGAGUGUGGCAGCAGCUGAUUCUGAGUGUGUCUCAGCUACAGGAGAGAGUUUCUCUGAGCUCUUCUCCUCUGUGUGCAGCUACAGCACUUUCCCUUUCGCUCGAAGAGACAACUCUGCUCAAAGUGAUCUACUACUGGAUCUGUACUCACAUGUGAUGGAUUAUAAGUCAAAAAAUGACAGGAGUCUCCUUUCACCCUUUCUACCAAUUUACAAGUUGGCUCCUGAAGUCUGGUCCAUACACCUAUCUAAGACAAAGGCCUCCCUUCUCAUGGAAGUGCUGAAACUCCAGACCCAGAAGAGAAUGGUAGAGCUGAGAGGCUGGUCAGCUGAAGAGAGUGAAGUGAGGAGUUUCCUUCAGUGUCUGUCCCAUAUUUCACAACUCAGAUUGGGACGUUUAAAUGGUGCUGUCCAGUUCCUGGUGGAUCUGAGUGUGGCAGCUGCUGAUUCAAAGUGUGUCUCAGCUACAGGAGAGAGUUUCUCUGAGCUCUUCUCCUCUGUGUGCAGCUACAGCACUUUCCCUUUUGGUCGAAGAGACAACUCUGCACAAAGUGAUCUACUACUGGAUCUGUACUCACAUGUAGUGGACUAUGAGGCAAAACAUGGCAGGAGUCUCCUGUCAUCUUUCCUACCAAUGUAUCAGUUAUCCCCUGUAGUUUGGUCCAUAGACCUUUCAAAGAGGAAGGCAUCCAUUUGCUUAGAGGUGCUAAAACUCCAGACCCAGAAGAGACCAGUAGAGCUGAGAGGCUGGUCAGCUGAAGAGAGUGAAGUGAGGAGUUUCGUUCAGUGUCUACCCUACAUCUCACAGCUCAGAUUGAACUAUCAAAUUGAUCUAUAUUCCAGCAAGGCAUGCCAGUUCCUGGUGCAUCUGAGUGUGGCAGCCGCUGAGUGUCUCUCAGCUACAGGAGAGAGUUUCUCUGAGCUCUUCUCCUCUGUGUGCAGCUACAGCACUUUCCCUUUCGCUCGGCAGGACAACUACAAACAAAGUGAUAUGCUGCUAGAACUGUACUCUUAUGUGAAAUCAACCAAUGAAUCAAAAACUGACAGAAAGCUUUUUUCAGCAUUUCUUCCAGUUUAUAAGUCAGGAUCUAAAAUCUGGUCCGUAGACCUCUCAAAGAGAAAGCCCUCACUUCUCUUGCAAGUGUUGAAACUCCAGACCCAGAACAGACCAGUGGAGCUACGAGGCUGGUCAAAUAAAGAAAAUGAAGUGAGGAGUUUCUUUCGGUGUCUGCCAUGCAUUUCAAAGCUCAGUUUCUAUGAAGGUUACAAUCCCCAGUCUGCACUAUUGGAUUGUGUUUCUGUUGGAUCUCAGCAAGGGCUGAUUCAGUUGUUCCAAACCCUCAACUACACCCUCAGUCUGGAGAAGGUCCUCCCCAGCUCUAAGUGCAAAUCUGUGGGACGGGCACUCGGCUGGGUUGGCUCCAAACUGGACCUCACACUGACACUUGAUCACAUCUCUCUCAGGGGAGUCAAUCUGAUGUUCAGGACAGUCAGAUGUCUGCAUAACCUCAGAUUGAAUGUCACAAUGGUAAUGAGACUGGCCAGAGCAUUGAGGACAGGAAGACAUUACGCUCCAAUCAAGGUUGAGAACCUCAGUCUGGAGAUCAACAGUGGAGGCCAAUCUCCAAGAGUGCUGUCCAGGGUCCUGAGCUGCCUGUCUCUCCUCCUCAGAUUCUGGACAGUCCACUGUCUGGAUCUGACAUCCUGCAGCUUUGAAAGUUAUUCUCUCAUCAUGCUUCUCAGUCUACAGUGCAAUUUCAAGCUCAGACUAAGGCCAAGAAAGAUACAGAAACUGGUUUUGCUGGUGUCUGAAGUUGAAGACAAGGAAAUCACAGACUCUUUACUGGAUAAGGUGGGGGGAGACCUCAGCUCUUGCACUUUGACCAAGGAAGUGCUUCUGAGCCUGCUGCAGCACAGCUCUACAAAUAUCACUGUGGACUACAGGAAGUGUGAUAUCAGAGAUCAGAACACCCUAGAACUCCUUCCUCUGCUGGAUAGGAUACAAUUCCAGAGGCCCACUCCAGGCUUCAUCAUGUCCAUCAUCAGAGAGAUCUACCAGACUCGCUCUCCCCACUAUGUCAGCAGCCUACUGAGAUCUACAGAGAACUGCCUCAAUCUGACCACCAGAGUCCUGGAUGCUGCUGACUUCACCGCCCUGCAUUACAUCUUGCAGCACAGCCAGGGAGUCAAACUCAACCUGAUGUGGACCUCCACACCAGAGGGGGCACUGGAGAGCAUUGUACCGCUCUUCAGCAAUGUCUCACAGCUCAGUGUUGACAGGCAGCAGCUGCUGAAGAUCCUCCACUGCUGUGCCUCUUCAGAUGUCCAGCAGGGGGCAUCGCUAGCUCUUCUUCAGGCCCUACAGCACAGACUGGACUUCUCCUGCUCCUGCGCUAUGGACCUGACUGAUGACAUACAAGAAAUUCCCAUGAUGCACCUGAGAGCAGAGGGCUGCAGGGUGAUCGCCAUGGUGAUGGCGUUCAGCAAGACCUCCAAGACCCAGCUCACCCUGCAGGACUGCCAUGUGGAGGAGGCGGGCUUAGAACACUUGUUCUGGGUUCUAGAUAAAGCAACUCUGCGCUGCAGCAAGGCCCAGUUGUUGCAGUUCCUAGCUCUGCUGAGCGUUGGCUCUGAGAUAGAGUGUGUGAGGAAAGCCAAGUACCUCUGUCUGGCUCUGGGUGAGGAGGUGGACCUCAGUCACACGGUGCUGGACCAACAGGCCUGUGGGACCCUGGCGCUGCUUCUAGAAUAUUCUGAAGGGCUGUCGGAACUGGACCUCAGCCACUGCCAGCUGACAGACCACUGCCUCCAACAUCUACGCCCACACCUGCACAAAACAACAGUUUUGGAUCUCAGUGAUAAUGACAUCACUGACAUCGGGGCUGAACAGAUCAAGAGUGUAGUCAACACAACAGGCUCUAUUCUGACUGUGAGGCUGUUCAACAACAACAUUGUGAGAAAACAUCUCUACCAAGGAGACGGGCGCUUUGAGCUGUGGUGAUGUGACACAAUGCAACGUGUGACUUCCUGUGACACUAUACAACGUGUCACUUCCUGUGAAGCUGCCAAACAUGUCACCAUCAUGUCAGCCUGGCCAAGUAUGCUACCUCUGACUUUUCAAUAUCCCCUGAGCUGGGGAACACAGGGAUGCCAUGAGUGAGAUGGGAUUUUAGUUUCACACUCUACACACAAAAACAGGGUAAACUCUCAGGGUAAAUGAAGUGCCUUAUUGACAUUGUAUAGUCUAAUAAUUUUAUCAUGUUUUGUAAAUUAGUUUUGCUGACAUGCGCUUAAUGUGUUGAUAGCCAUGCUGCAGACGGGUGUUCUAUCUCCGGUCUUUUGAAACUGUCCGUGCUGUAAAAGGUCUGUACAUAUAGUGUGAUGCAGCAUACAGAAGGGGAGUUUCCUCUUUGUCCUCUGCAUUGAUCAGAGAAGUAAUGUGCUGCAUUUUCAUUGAUAAAAAAUGGGUGUUUCAUUUGAAACAUUGACUUUUGUAUUGGUGUUUAACAUUUUACAUUAUGUUUACAGUGAUAUAAACUCAGGGAAACGCAGGUGUCAUACUUUUUGUAUAAAUGCUUUUAUAACAAGGUUAGGAAAUGUUUGUAUUGUAUAGAGCAAUGUAGCAAUGUUGCCAAAGUCUGUUCUACAGUUUCUGUACUGUUGUUAGACUAUGGCUGCGCUGUCAAUGUUCAGUAAAUAUUAUAUUGCAUUAGAAGUGUCUGUUCCCUCUGUCUUGUCAAAUGUUCGUACUUUUAUUUUUGUUGAUUGAAAUGUUUUCACUCUUCAGAGUGAUACUGGAAUAAUGUGUUGAUAGCCAUGGUGCAGAUGUAUGAUACAUCUCUAUUCAUGUUAAACUGCGGUGGCAGAGAUGUAAAAGGCCUAUUGUACUGUACAUAGAAAUAUGCAGCACAUGUGUGUUCUCUAUAUUUUUUUUAUCUUCACUGAUUAAGGAGCAAGUCAACUGCAUAUGUGUUUAUAAAAGUGUUUCUUUUUGUCAUGGAGAGAAAUAUAUUGUGUGUCUCGUGUAUUUCUCCUGAGGGAAGAAUGUGUUGUAUAUACAGUCAGAUGUUACAUUACAGUAAUACUGACUCUCAGGGAAACAAAACUUAUGAUCUUGAUUUUACAUCUGGCUGAAAUAUUUGUAUAUUGAUAGUGUAUUAUCUCUAUUUCUGUAAAACUGAGGCACCGUUGUAAAAGUUCUGUAUAUAGCGUGAUACAGCAUAAGUGUUGAUCCCUCUCUGUUCUCUGCAUUAACAAGAGAUGAACAAGGGACCAAAUGUGAACAUUGAUGAGAGAAAAGCGUAAGCCAAUGAUGCUCAACAAAAGAAGGCAUGAAGUGCUUUUUGAAAUGAUUUUACUCAUACUUUUUUGUCAUGGAGAGAAAUGUGUUUCAUGCCAUGUAUUUCUCAAGAGGGAAGACAAAUGUUUCAGAUGAUUUCUGCUUGGAAUUUUAACUUGUUUUUUCCUCUUUUUCUCUUCAGUGUUUUUUCCGUGUUGCAAAAAUGUGAUACUGAGAUGAGUGUAUACUACUUUCAAAGUCACAACGCCAAAGUGCUGUCUGUCUUUAUCCCUGUAAGUUCAGUUGUGUAAAAGUUGUGUAUAUACAGUAGUGUGAUGCGUGCAUCAGAGGAGUGUGUGUUCUCUGUGCUGUACAGGAUGUGUUUUUUUAAAUAAUUUUACUCACUCAUAAGUUUGUGUUAUGAGUAAUAGAAAUGUUGUGCACGCAGUGUAGCUGUAUCUCAUGAGG